AACAGAGCAGCCAGCAACAGCAGCAGAGACGCCGUGACGUGCUGGGAGAGCGUAAUGCCACCAAGCCUGGAGCUGCCUCUCAGAACAAACGCACAACUGACAGCGCUGCCUCACGCUCCUUCUGGCCGUCCUCUUCCUCCCCCGCUGUUUGCAGCCAGAAAACAGAGCGUGAGAGGCUGCCGAAUGAGGGGAGGCAAGAGAGGAGCAGGGAAAAAAACAACAACAGGAGGACUGGAAAGAGAUCGCAGGGAGAGAAGACAGCAUGCGUAUAUCAAAGCGAAAGAGUGCGGAGGAGCAUGAAAAUGGAAAGAGGACGAGAAGCUGAACAGAGACGUGAAGCCUGUCCGAGCACUGCUGCUUUGAUUUACACGACUUGAUUACGGUGAAAAGGACCCGCGGCUGCGGCUAACCGUCACCCACAGCCUCCUUCUUCUUCCUCUGGCCACAAGCAGCUGCAGCACGGCAGCGUCAGAAACCAGCCUCAGGGGGCUGGGGAGGGGGGACAAUGCAUCAGGACAGAUGGAGAGAUUGCAACACUCCAGCUCUUUACGCACUCUCAGCUGAUGUGUGGGGGACAGAGAGCGGCGGCUACGCGACCGGCUGAACGCGACCGGCUGAAUGCGACCGGCUGAACGCGUCGUUUUCCCACUCCAAAUAGCGCGAUGGUGAAAAGCUAUCGGUCCGAGCUGCAGCGAGAAAACAGGAGGGUUCAUCGUGGGCUCUGGAGGAAACGAGGGAGGAUGUGAGCCGUCCGAGCCGAGGCUGUCUUUCACCAACGGAUAAGACAGGGUCAUCUCUUGGUGUGGCCACAUAUUGCAAGUUAGUACUGAAGAGUGAACAACCUUUCAACCUGACACAAACUCCUCACUUCUGUGAUUAGAGAGCGGCUGUAGGACACAGAACAAUGCAGUGGAGACGGCGCCACUGUUGUACGCACACAGCCAAACUUCUCUAUCUCCUCUCUCUGCUGGGAUUCCUCGUGUUUCUGGUCCACCAAGUGUGGCUCCCCAAGCUCUCCGGGAUCCCGUGGUGGAGGGGCUACCCUGUGGUGUACGGAGGCAUGGUGCUUCAAACCUCUAGGAGCAAAUGGAACGGCAGCGCUGCGCACUCAGCGUGGAGGUUCGUGAUCGUUCCCCAGGGAACGUUGACGACCAAUGCCAACAUCAGCGUUUCUUUUCAUCGUGGCGACUCCGGCUUUGAGGGUAAUUUGACAGGCAACAGCAGCCAGAGCCAAAUGGGAGCUCUUAAUGCUACUCUGACCCACGGACCUUUCCCUUACGUCAUCAACGAGCCGGAUAAAUGCCAACAGACCAAACUUGCCCCAUUUCUCAUCCUGCUAAUUGCCACCGAAGCUCGUCAGGUGGAAGCAAGGAACGCCAUCCGGCAGACUUGGGGGAAUGACAGCGUUUUUCCCUCCUUGGGAUUUAUCCGACUGUUUCUGCUAGGGAAGAAAGAUGGGGAACUGGGACUUCUGCAGCAGAAGAUUCUGGAGGCAGAGAGCCGGAGGCAUCACGACAUCAUCCAGCAGGACUUCCUGGAUUCCUAUAAAAACCUGACGAUAAAGACUCUGAUGGGAAUGAACUGGGUUGCGACGCACUGUCCGACGGCGAGUUACGUGAUGAAAACCGACAGCGACAUGUUUGUCAACACGGAGUACCUCGUCUACAAGCUGCUGCGACCGGAUCUGAAGCCCAGGAAGAACUACUUCACAGGCAACAACAUGAGAGGUUUCGCACCCAACCGGAACAAAAACAGCAAGUGGUACAUGCCCCCCGAGCUCUACCCGGGUGAAAGGUACCCCACCUUCUGCUCUGGGACAGGGUACGUCUUCUCUGGGGACCUGGCCGAGAAAAUCUACCGGAUGUCACUGAGCGUCCGCCUCCUGCACCUGGAGGAUGUGUACGUGGGAAUCUGCCUGGCCAAGCUGCAGAUUGAGCCCACGCCUCCGCCCAACGGCUUCCUGUUCAACCACUGGCGGGUGUCGUACUCCAGCUGCAAGUACAGCCACCUGAUAACGUCGCACGGUUUCCAUCCCAACGAGCUGCUCAAGUACUGGCAUCACCUUCAGAGCAACAAGCACAACGCCUGCAUCGGCACGCUCAAGGAGAGGACGAGCAGGGCCCACUCCAGACUCCGGGACAAGCAGGCGCAUUUACUGAAACAGUAGCUGUUACCAUUGACCGUAUAAUUGCGCAAUUUGACAUUUUGUAAAUAAAUUUGCUUAAUGAAAACACGACACCUUUGCCAAAAAAAUAGUUUUUUGGUAAGUUUUGGCGCUAGGACGAAGUGGUAUUUUUAGUUAUGUUAAAAUUGGUUUAUUUGACAAAACGCCAACCGAAACACUUCCGCGUCACACAAGUCACAUGAUCGACAACCAGAUGUCACUGAGGCAAAUCACGAAGAUAACAAGAAUUGGUAGGAGGAGGAUGGCGCCGCAUGUUUAAUGCCUUAUUGUGUGAACAAACUUUUUCAUGUGUGAUUUUAAUUGUGUUUAUUUUGAUGGAAACUCCACAAUUGCAAAAUAGCUUUUUUUUUUUUUUUGACAUAGGUGGAAUAUUGACAGAAUUUUGCGAAUAUUUGUAAUGGAAGCGCAGCUACUGAUGGGUCCAUUUAAUACCUCCUGCUCAAUACUCAAAUGAUUCCCAUCUGUUAACAAACCUUACUUAUUCUGAGAUAAGACAAAGUGUGUAAAAACUGAUAAGAUCCUGUCAAAUUGUUGCCAUUUUUCAACUAAUACCGUUUCUACCGGGCUGAUUCCUAGCAGAACGUCCAUGUACACGCUGCUGCGUCAUGAAAAAUAAAGGGUGAAAUGAACAAG